ACGCUUGUUUUAGAAAGCAGUGUUAGAUUGUUCAAACUUUACUCAAGAUGGCUGUUUCAAAUCUUAUGUUUUUGGUGUUUUUGUGUCACCAGUUGGUGCUCAAUGGAUUUGCUUCUCCAAUUGGGUAUCCUUUAUACCAGACUGGUAGUGAGCAAGUGCGCUUGGAGAAGAAAGAUGGCCCCUUGUCAUGUCCUUAUGCAAGCCAAAAUCCAAACCCACCAGUGGUAGCAAAGUGCAACUUGGCUGUUCUGCUGUCUUUGAAGAAUGUAUCUGGGCUAGUUAUCCAAAAGGAGUCCAGCCCUCUCCCUGUCAAGGAGUCCAACACUCUCCCAGCUGCAGAGUCCAGUUCUCUGCCUGCUGAGGCCAGCUCUCACCCAGUUGCGGAGUCCAGCCCCCAGCCUGCCAAGGAGUCCAGUGCAAUCCCAACUGGGGAAUCUAGCUCUCUGCCUGCUGAGGAGUCCAGCCCCCAGCCGGCUAAGAAGUCCAACACUCUCCCAGCUGCAGAGUCCAAUCCUCUGCCUGCUGAGUUCAGCCCUCACCCAGUUGCAGAGUCCAGCCCCCAGCCUACUGAGGAGUCCAGCCCCCAGCCUGCCAAGGAAUCCAAUGUUAUCCCAACUGGGGAACCUAGCUCUCUGUCUACUGAGGAAUCCAAUGUUAUCCCAACUGGGGAACCUAGCUCUCUGCCUGCUGAGGAGUCCAGCCCCCAGCCUGCCAAGGAGUCCAGCACUCUACCAGCUGGGGAAUCUAGCUCUCUGCCUGCUGAGGAAUCCAAUGUUUUCCCAACUGGGGGAUCUAGCUCUCUGCCUGCUGAGGAAUCCAUUGUUAUCCCAACUGGGGGAUCUAGCUCUCUGCCUGCUGAGUCCAGCCCCCAGCCUACCAAGGAGUCCAAUGCUAUCCCAACUGGGGGAUCUAGCUCUCUGCCUGCCGAGGAGUCCAGCCCCCAGCCUGCCAAGGAGUCCAACACUCUCCCAGCUGCAGAGUCCAAUCCUCUGCCUGCAGAGUCCAGCCCCCAGCCUACCAAGGAGUCCAAUGCUAUCCCAACUGGGGGAUCUAGCUCUCUGCCUGCUGAGGAGUCCAGCCCCCAGCCUACCAAGGAGUCCAAUGCUAUCCCAACUGGGGGAUCUAGCUCUCUGCCUGCUGAGGAGUCCAGCCCCCAGCCUACCAAGGAGUCCAAUGCUAUCCCAACUGGGGGAUCUAGCUCUCUGCCUGCUGAGGAGUCCAGCCCCCAGCCUACCAAGGAGUCCAAUGCUAUCCCAACUGGGGGAUCUAGCUCUCUGCCUGCUGAGGAGUCCAGCCCCCAGCCUACCAAGGAGUCCAAUGCUAUCCCAACUGGGGGAUCUAGCUCUCUGCCUGCUGAGGAGUCCAGCCCCCAGCCUACCAAGGAGUCCAAUGCUAUCCCAACUGGGGGAUCUAGCUCUCUGCCUGCUGAGGAGUCCAGCCCCCAGCCUACCAAGGAGUCCAAUGCUAUCCCAACUGGGGGAUCUAGCUCUCUGCCUGCUGAGGAGUCCAGCCCCCAGCCUACCAAGGAGUCCAAUGCUAUCCCAACUGGGGGAUCUAGCUCUCUGCCUGCUGAGGAGUCCAGCCCCCAGCCUACCAAGGAGUCCAAUGCUAUCCCAACUGGGGGAUCUAGCUCUCUGCCUGCUGAGGAGUCCAGCCCCCAGCCUACCAAGGAGUCCAAUGCUAUCCCAACUGGGGGAUCUAGCUCUCUGCCUGCUGAGGAGUCCAGCCCCCAGCCUACCAAGGAGUCCAAUGCUAUCCCAACUGGGGGAUCUAGCUCUCUGCCUGCUGAGGAGUCCAGCCCCCAGCCUACCAAGGAGUCCAAUGCUAUCCCAACUGGGGGAUCUAGCUCUCUGCCUGCUGAGGAGUCCAGCCCCCAGCCUACCAAGGAGUCCAAUGCUAUCCCAACUGGGGGAUCUAGCUCUCUGCCUGCUGAGGAGUCCAGCCCCCAGCCUACCAAGGAGUCCAAUGCUAUCCCAACUGGGGGAUCUAGCUCUCUGCCUGCUGAGGAGUCCAGCCCCCAGCCUACCAAGGAGUCCAAUGCUAUCCCAACUGGGGGAUCUAGCUCUCUGCCUGCUGAGGAGUCCAGCCCCCAGCCUACCAAGGAGUCCAAUGCUAUCCCAACUGGGGGAUCUAGCUCUCUGCCUGCUGAGGAGUCCAGCCCCCAGCCUACCAAGGAGUCCAAUGCUAUCCCAACUGGGGGAUCUAGCUCUCUGCCUGCUGAGGAGUCCAGCCCCCAGCCUACCAAGGAGUCCAAUGCUAUCCCAACUGGGGGAUCUAGCUCUCUGCCUGCUGAGGAGUCCAGCCCCCAGCCUACCAAGGAGUCCAAUGCUAUCCCAACUGGGGGAUCUAGCUCUCUGCCUGCUGAGGAGUCCAGCCCCCAGCCUACCAAGGAGUCCAAUGCUAUCCCAACUGGGGGAUCUAGCUCUCUGCCUGCUGAGGAGUCCAGCCCCCAGCCUACCAAGGAGUCCAAUGCUAUCCCAACUGGGGGAUCUAGCUCUCUGCCUGCUGAGGAGUCCAGCCCCCAGCCUGCCAAGGAAUCCAAUGUUAUCCCAACUGGGGAACCUAGCUCUCUGCCUACCGAGGAGUCCAGCCCCCAGCCUACCAAGGAGUCCCGAAUCCAAUGUUUUCCCAACUGGGGGAUCUAG